GCCAGUAAUAUUUUUAGCUUCUAUGCAGAGCUUAGAGGUAACUCUGAAGAAGCUAUACACAUGACCUGAAUGGUGGAGGAGGGAAGUUAUGCGCCAAAUAAACUUGUAACACGUAUACGGAGUUUCAUCGACUUAAUCUAGGUUAGAAGUUAGAAGUGCCAUUUAUACUUGCUUUACACAAAAACAAGUAUCACUGUUUUCGUAGGCAGCCUAACGGUGAACAUAGAGUAAAAUAAAGUGACACUUACUGCUUACAGCAACAUUACAACUAUCUAAAAGUAUAAUAUACUUUUUUAGUAGAUUUUUAAAAACGUCUUGCACAACGUGGAUUAUAACUAUAAACUAUAGUCCAAUCACUAUGAUUCAACCGCUUUUUUUCGUGUAUUCGUUGUUUUCCGGUUGCAUUUUUCUGAUGUGCUCGGCAGGUAAACCUGUAUCAUGGUCACACUCAGACCACGUUUCAACAUUAAACAAUUUAUUGAAGGCGGAGGGAUGGAGGGUACUGGUAACAAAUACCCAAGAUCAAGAACUAAAAUCAACCAACGGCGAAUUAAUGGACGUGUCAGAUCUAUUGAAUGAAGAAACGGACGGCAAUAUUGUUUCCCUGGCAAACUACACCGACAAAUUAAUAAAAUCUUCGACCACUGUAAACUGCUUUUACGGCGAAAAUCUAAAGUUCAUGAACGAUAUAUUUAUUGAAGUAAUCGCAGGGUAUUGCAUGAGCAUGGGUACGAGCGCAUCAAUGUUGGAUUGCAUGGAACGGUUUUGGGAAACAAUGGACAUAAGUAAGUCAUGGAUCGAAAAAAUGCUAAAAGUUCUGAAUUUUUUCCACAAUGCUUCCAAAAACAUGGGUACCACAAAACUCAUUAACGCUUUGGAAUUCUUACUACCGCACUACGACCGUCAGAAAUACAUAAAAUCAAACUACUUGUACGAUAACAGAACAGUCAAGAUAGAUGAUUUUAAAAGGGACUACGAUUUUUUCCUAGACCAGAUAAAAUGCGCAAACAAAAUACUGCUGAACUUUCUCACGGCCCGUUGUUUGCCGGCUUUCAACGCCGAAAGAGAAAAAUCCGAAGACGCCCUAGAUUUAGAAAGAAUGGCCUAUCAUGCGUCAAACCAGGAUAUCGAUAGUGUAUUUAACUUUUAUGUUCAAAAUUUAACUGUGAACGAGAAAUCUUUCUCGACUAAACUAGGUUUCGAUAAUUAACAAUUACUAGUUUAAGGUCGUUAUGUACAUUUUUAUUGACAUUUUUAA